UCUGCAGUGCUGUGCAUAUUCAAACAUACUGAAGUUUGCCAAAAUAUUUUGGUCCUGUAUUCACAACUAAGUCAGCAUUUGUGUAGAUGUUCCCUCUUUUAGCCCAUUUGUGAAAUUACAUCCUGUCCUACGGUUUUAUUCUGGAUCUGUCACGGUACAUUUCCAAGCUCCGUUCUUUGUGUUGAACUUUCAGUUCCACAUGUUCUCUGGAGGUAGGUAAUCGCCCAGCUCCACCCACUAACGAGCGUCCAGAGCAAUUUGGGAUAAAUCAGAUUCAGAGAUCUGAGGGAGUUUUUUUCCUUACUUUGCUGCUUCAUAUGUCCUUCUGCAGACCAGCCUUUGGGUGUCACAUGGUAGGCUUGGAACAGCAAACUCUGCUGGAAAUCUGUGACCCUCAGCAUGAUCAAGAGCACAGUAGGGGAUUGUUCAUUCCACAGGAAACGUGUUGUUUCCUUCCUUUCCUGUCCUGGCUAUGUCUGGUCCAGGGUCAAGGUUUUAACUGGAGGGUUUGCACUAAUCGGACAGACUUAUUAGCUGUGAGGUGUGUGUUGCACCUCCUCAGUAUUAUAUGGAUCUCCUUCUGGAUGUAACCUCCAUUACAAGCAUGUCCAGUGAGAGCAUGUCAGUGAGGGGAAUUAGGAGGCAGAUGAGUCGGAGAAAUAUGAGUGCUGUGCCGAUUUCCUGGCCCGUACCAAUGAGGGCUAUUGGAGCUCAGAAUCUUCUGACCAUGCCAGGAGGUGUUGCCAUUUCUGGGUAUCUACACAAAAAGGGGGGAAGCCAGUUCAGCCUGAUGAAAUGGCCUCUUCGCUACAUUGUAAUUCACAAAGGCUGCGUCUACUAUUUCAAGACCAGCACAUCUGCCACACCACAGGGAGCGUUCUCCCUCAACGGCUACAACAGGGUCAUGCGAGCAGCGGAGGAGACCACGUCCAGCAACGUUUUCCCCUUUAAGAUCGUGCACUUCAGUAAAAGGCACCGCACGUGGUAUUUUUCAGCAGCCAGUGAGGAUGAGAGAAGGAAAUGGAUGCGUUAUUUGAGGAAAGAGAUCGGCCAUUAUAAUGACAGGAAAGAUUCGCUUGACCCAAGUGACUCUGAUUCUGACGAAAGUUUCUAUGGCCCUAUUGAGAGCCCUUUGGAGAUCACCAAUACCCCAGAUGACCAUGAAGGAGACUAUGUGGAACAAAAUGACGAAAGUGAUGAUGACGACUAUCUUUUGCCUGAUGGGCCUCCAGGUCAGCCCAAGGUACCGCCUCCAUCUUACCCUCCUCCACCUGUGCCCUACCAUCCCAAAGGUCCUCCACCACCACUACCCCAUCCAGCCAUUAAAACACCACCAUACCCCAUCCAGAAGAAACCAACCAUUCCUGUUCCACUCCCACCCAAACCCUCUGACAGUGUAAAUAAAGGCCCUCCUCCUUUGCACUCAGCCCCUCCUCCACUACAGAAACCAGUCAUUAAUAGAAUGACAGUUGUGCCGGCUCCUCCUCCCGCGUGCCAGAAAAAGUCUGUAGGGGGGUGUGUGCCCUUAGCCACUCUCCCAGGAUAUGACCAGAAGCUUGCUCCUGCCAUGGUUAUUAAAAACCCAUCCACGCUCCAUAUCUGUGACGACCUGGAAAACAAACUGUUUCUGAACUCUCCUAACAGAUCUGGUUCACACAACCAGAAAAAUUCACCUGGUGAGAGAAAACCUACACCACUGGUCUGCAAACCUCCAUCCAAGUGUCCACCACCACUGAUGAAGCCCAAAGUCAGUCUGAUAUCUUUACAAAGAUCGUCACCUGAUGGCCAAAGUUUUCGGUCUUCCGUUGAAGAGAAGCCCUUGAAAAACAGUGUCAUAUCAAACUACGAUGAAGACUCUGACGAUAAUGACUAUGAAAAUGUACAGUUGCCUGACUCUGUCUUUGUUGACACAACUGAGACCAGUGCUGUUGAAAAAUUAUUUAAAGAGACAAGUGGAACUCCACCGGAUGGCCUUUACUGCAUCCGAAACUCAGGAACAAAGACCUCAAAGGUGCUUGUUGUGUGGGAUGUGAGUCUGAACAAGGCGAGAAACUACCGGCUCUUUGAGGAGGAUGAAAUCGUGUACCUGGAGGCAAGCUUGACCUUCCCUUCUAUAGCAGCUCUGGUGGAGUUCUACUACAGCCACCCCUUGCCCAACCACGGCUCUCUGUGCUUACAGCAGCCCUUUGGCUACACACCACCGAGGUGACACCCUCCUCCAUUGCCAUCAUGGACUGUUAUCUUCAUAUCCUCAUAUCCUCGUACCUAUAGCCUCGUGGCUCCAGCUCUGUUUCCCUGGCUGGCUAUAGCAGCUCACUACAGCUGAUCAUGUACAUCAGCCAUAAGGACAAGUGAGGCUUGCCAGUGAGAUCGCAAAUGUGGACACAUGAACAUGGGUGCAUCUGAACUCCCAUCGGACUAAACGGAUUUAGCAGUCGUGGAGCUUUAUCUCAGCUGAAAUUGAUACCAAUCAUACUCAGAUGUACUUGUUUCAGAAAUGCUGGUGGUUAUGGAACUAUUCAUAUCUUUGCACAGAAACAAUGCACAUGUGCACAAUCUACUCAUACGUGAGCCUAAAAUAAAGAGCUCAUGAAACCAAAUGAUUGUUCUACAGAUAUCAGUGUGGUGAGAUGUCAUGUAGUGCAAAAUGCAGUAGUUCUCCUGCCUCUAGUUUUGGUUUUGAAAGCUUUCAUCUGAGUAUAGAGAUCAGUGAAGGAAAAUUGUCCACAUUGUGUGGAUGGUGUAACCACUGAUUUGGGGCAUAUUUUUCAGGUUAAAACGACUACAUUUCUUGAUGUAAGGAUGUACUGUAAGUAUAUAAAUGAGGUUUUUAUAUGUCAGCAAUAUAAAAUUGCAGCAGUGCGCAACCGAGUAGUAUUGCGUAAUACACAGUGUGCCUAUAUUUCUGUGUAAAUACUGUAAGCAUGAUCAUUUCUGUACAAUUUGAUAUUUUUACACAUGUACUUUUAUUACUAGUCGAAACUGCACAUAUGUAAAUUAAACAACUAUUUUUUACCAUUAUUAAAUUAUAUUUUCUACCUGA